GGCGUUGGGCAGUAGUUGCUCGGCAACAGGUUGAACCAAUCAGCGUGGAGGUUGGUGUUCUAUGUGAGAGAGAGAGGAGCGUUUCACAGCAGCCGGAGCGGAGAGAGGGAGUAAACAGCGCUGAGGCGACGAUGGCGCUGAUUUUAGAGUUAUUUUAGAGUUAAACCUGCUUAUUUUCAUUGUUUAUCGCUGCCGGAGGCUUUAAAGGAGAAACCCGAGCGGAAAAACGGCUGAAGCAGUUCCUGCUGAUGACCCGUGUUCUCCGGGCUCCGAGUUCUGUGCUGAGAUGGGAGACUGGUGGACCCCGCCCAUGAUGCCGGACCCCUCGCACGACACUAAAGAGCUCUCCAGUAUCUCCCACAUCAGCAUGUCUCCCUCCAGGCACAGUUCCUCUGCAGCGCUGCCCAAACACUCCUACAGCAUCCUGAGCGCCUUCUGCACGGAGGAGAACGUCCAGCAGUGCGUCACCUACAUCAACCAGGAGGCGAGCUCUCUGGGUCUCGGUGGGGUCUCUCUGGACUCCGGAGGUCCAGGGGUCUCUCUCAAUGCAGUGUCUGCACUGAAUCUGUUCUAUGAGCUGCUGCAGCUGAACAGAAGGAACCAGCGCCAGCUGCAGGACCUGGAGAGCCAGCAGCUGAAGAACUGCAGUAACCUGGAGCACCUUCAGACCAACAACUCCAGACUGAAGGAUCAGCUAGAACACACUCGCAGGGAGAACUCGGGUCUCCAUGAAGGAGAACGCCAACUACAGCUGAAGAUCAGAACCCUGCAGAGCUGCCUGAAGUCUGAGAAGGAGGAGGUCCAGAAGCUCCAGAACAUCAUUGCCAGCCGUGCCACUCAGUAUACCCACGAUGCCAAGCGUAAGGAGAGAGAGAGUGCCAAACUGAAGGAGAGGCUGAACCAGCUGCUGGUGGACAAACGGGACAGAAAGCUGGCGAUUGAGAUGGUGAACUGUGUGAGUCGUUCUGAUGGAAAGAGAGGACUGUGGAAGACAGGAAAGAUGGAGGCCAGACACGAGGGGGAGAUGUAUAAAGCCCUGCUGAGUGAUUACGAGGCGAGGCAGCAGACCCUCAUGCAGGAGAACUCUGAGUUGAAGAAACUCCUGCAGCACAUGAAGAAGGAUAUGGUGUCCAUACUGAGCCCAAAGAAGCCCUGCAGCAAAGCCCCGCCCACCGACGACAGUUGCACCAAAGCCCCGCCCGCUGACGACAGUCUGGAGCAAGCUGGGUCUGAGGCAGAGGACGAGGGGGACGAGUGCAGCAGGGACGCUCUGGAGCAGGUGUGUGGAGCAGCCCGAGAGCAGCUGGCCAACAGCAUCCGCCUACAGUGGAGGAGACUAAAGAACCACAUGCAGAGACUGGACAGCCAGGUGUCUUUGGCAGCCAGUCAGGAGGACACGAUUUCCAUCAGAGAACACGAGGAGGCCAUGCAGCGCAUGAGGGUGGAACUGCAGCAGUGCAAGGAGUUUAUACAAACACAGCAGCAGCUACUGCAGCAGCAGCUGAGCUCCCCCUUUGAUGACGACACGGCAGCUCUGCUGAAUGAUGGAUACACUCUGGAGGAGAAGGAGCGACUGAAGGAGGAGUGGAGGCUCUUCCAUGAGCAGAAGAGGAACUUUGAGAGGGAGAGGAAGAGUUUUACCGAAGCUGCUAUACGCCUCGGCCACGAGAGAAAAGCGUUUGAGGAGGACCGCGCUCUGUGGCUGAAGACCCAGUUUUUGAACAUGACUCCGUUUGUGGACCGUAAAAGGCCCGCCAUGAUCGAGGGUCGCAGUGCCUUAUCAAUCAAUGCAGAGCCUGAAACCAAAGUACUGUCCACUUCAGCUGCCCCAAACACAUCCGUUCCCCACCCAGGAUUUACCUCCAACACACCUUCACCAGCACACCUGCCUUCCACAGCAGAGCUUUACCGCACACUGCAGCUCUUCCCAGAGAGCAGAAACCCCGGGAGACGGGGCAGUAACGGGUUUCAGAGCGGGGACACUUUGACCAAAUCACGUCUGAGGAACAGCUCCACAGACUGCAGCAUCUUCUCUCUGCUCAGAGACGAGAACAGCGCCGCCUAGAGGCCCUUCAGUGUUAGUAUCUCCAGAGACUGCCUCUCUGCUCGCUGCACUCGGCAUGGUUCGGCUUCCGUUAUCAGUGCAGCUGCAGGAUCGCGCUCCCAGCUGUUCCUCUGAUCAGACAGUGGACUUUAGAUAUGAGCUCAGAGACGGUCCGAGUGCUGUUUACCUCUAAAAUCUGACCAUGAAAAGGUACUGAGGGUUAUUAAUGUUCACUUCAACACAACAAUAAACAUGUUUAAUUACCAAGUGUCGCACGAGCACUUUAAAGAAGACGCCAAUGGUUUGAAAACAUCUCAUUCAUUUCAGCGUUUGUUUCUAUUUAAUACUAAUUUAGUGAAGAUCUAAUAUAAUUUUUAGGGGGUGAAAGGUAAAUAUUUUCUGCCAUUGCCGUGUCACUACACAGGGGCCAGUGAACUAGAACAGUUCUAGAGUAUAUUUUUAUUGGAAAAGAAUAGCUAUUUGGUUGAAUGUACUUGUAGAUGAUUGUUCUGUUUUUGUAUGAAUAUUUAAUUUUUGCAGCAGUGACUAGUUUUUUCUUUUUGUCUAUGUUUUUUCUGUUAUGUGCUGAAUUUUUAUGUUUACUUCUGUUUAGUUCUGUAGACGGAUGAUGAAUGUGUUUUUUAGAGAUCAGUUUUGGCUGCUGGAACAACAAAUCAAUGCAAUAAAAGUUUAAAUAUUGGAGUGUUUACA